UCACGUUCGCGGGAGAAGCAAGUGGUGUUUGUAAGCUAAAAGUUAGCCGGUUAACUAGGUUAGCUAUCUGCUUUACCUCAGACUUAAACGGCUGCUUGGCGAUAUUGGGAAACAAAAAGGCUGCACGUUAUAUAUUUUUAUUUCUCUCUUUCUGCCUGGCUAGUUCAAGAGGGAUGGUCGAUAUCCUUGAUAUCGUUUUUAAACGAUUUAGUUUACAGCGCCAUGUAUCCAGUAACAUAAACGUGUCUGCUCUGGAGAAUGGCGUUUUGGUGGUAGGAGAUGAAAACAUCAACAGAUCCCUGUUGUUCCUGGCAGCUGUAACAGCUGCUUCAGAAUUAGGAAUCAAAGUACUGUUUUUCACUCAAAGCCAGUUUCAGAGCCUUCCAGUUAACUUCCAGGGAUCCGCCUCCAGUGGCCUGAAGCCUGAAUAUCUGAAGAAAAUUAGAUUUGUAUACCCCAAGACCUUAGAUGAUCUGCUGGAGGAUGUGGCAUCCCUUCACGAGCUGGUGGCAGAGGCUGCAGCGCUCCCUUCCUUGGUCAUCGUGGACAGUUUGGAGCGGUACGUGUGCGGCCCGGCAGCACAGAACAGACCCCAGCAGGAAACUCAAAGCGCAGCAGCUCAUGUGGUGGCCCUUCUGCAUGACACAGCUGCUUUCCUCACCCAGAACCUGGAGAAUGAGGCCCAGUGCAGGGUCAUCGUCUCCAUUCAGCCUGAAUGGAAAGGCCAAGGUGGGUGUGAUCAGUUAGUAUUGGACCCCAUCCUCUUUGUCUUGGAGCGCUACCUGCAGGUGAGGUGCACCUUAGAAAAGUUGAGGAUAGGUGAGGAGCAAAAUAAGUGGCUGCUCUGUCUCUCAGGUCCAGGGCUGCAGGUUGAUGGGAAUAGUACCGCAGAGGAACAACUGCGGUGGCAUGUAGUCCUGCAGCCUAAUGGGGCACUGGAGUUCUGCCCAGUCAGUCCAGAACCAGGGGAGAUACCACAGGGACAAAACCCUGUGGAAGUGAACAAUGAGCAUGUGCCACUUGCCAUCACAGAUUCCUAACAAGAAGCCAACAUUCGAAAAGUAAACAAAUGUGUUUUCUU